GAACGUAAUGGCGGGGUACCAAGAAGUAGCAAGCUGAAGAAAAGUUGCCUUCUGGUCAAUACUGCUUAGUAAUUUUAAAAAAGAAGAAGUUUUGGGGACAAAAACGACUCUCAUUAUCUGUCAUUUAUUGAAUGGCAUUCGAUUUCAGUUUGGUGUAUUUAUCUGAACUCAACAGACUCGGCUUUCAUCGUGAUAUUCCUUGACUGCUAUGACCUGCAAACUGAGCGGCCUCUUCAGCCUGGACGAGGACUUUGAUGAUGAGGACGUGCUGGGCAGAGACUGGAGCCCUUGUUCGGUAGCAGGGCCAUCCAAAGCGGCAGCUGCGGUGCCAUCCUGCAGCCUGCGGGCUUCUUCUGUCUCUCACAGAGACCAGGAGAAAACAUGCCAUCAGCCAACGGGAGAGAAACUGGCUGAACUGUGCAAUGGCGCCGUGCACAGUGGUGCUGCACAAACUGUUGCUCAGGGGUUGAGGCAGAUCUCCUCUUCCUCCGCUUCCUCUAACACAGCCUGCACAGCUCAGGAUGAUUUUGAUGACUGGGACAUUGACCUGGCAGACCUGGAUGAAUGUGACAGUCAAACAAGGCAGCUUUCGACACCUGCCGCAGCUGAGCCUCCAUCUUCAGUGAAAACACUGAGGCCUUCUACAUAUGUCACAAUCCAAACGCCUCCUACUCGGAACCUGCGGGACACUUCUAGCUACUGUAGCUCUAUUGCAGCUCCACAGAAUCUUUCUUCUGCACAUCUGCAGCCUCCGAGUACCAGUUGUGCUUCAUUCCCUGCAGCUCCUCCACAGCCUCAAAGCAGCUUUUUCAGGAUUCCUGCUGUUUCCCCGGCACCCAGCAGCUUUUCCAGGAUUCCUGCCGUUUCCCCGGCACCCAGCAGCUUUUCCAGGAUUCCUGCCGUUUCCCCGGCACCCAGCAGCUUUUCCAGGAUUCCUGCCGUUUCCCCGGCACCCAGCAGCUUUUCCAGGAUUCCUGCCGUUUCCCCGGCACCCAGCAGCUUUUCCAGGACUCCCAGCCAUCCUCAGCAGCUACAGAAGCCGUGGAUGACUCCACAAGCCACCUCUCAAGCUCGAAGUCUCUUUAAUAUGGUCUCCCCGGGGCCUCCCGCCUCUGUCAACUCCUCUGCCUUGAGCCCACAUCCUCUGCACACACCGGUCCUCACCAACCGCCUGGUCCAGCUGGUGUCUGCGUCCAGCAAACUUCCCAGGAAGAGGCAGCGCUCCGAGGCACACCAACCCCAAACAAGACGCUUCCCUGGUCCUGCAGGCCUGCUGCCGCAGCAGCCUCAGGGUCAGAAUCUGGACGAGAUCGUGGUUUCCGUUCCUAGCACUCCUUCUCAUGGGGCUGUGGCUCGACUGCAGAGUCAGUGUUCCAGCUCACAGUCUGAGGAAGAGGAGUUCAGUGGCUGCGCCUGGGCGGCGAUGAAGGCUGAGAUGGGACUGGAUGAGAGAAAUCCGUCGUGCUUCCUGCAUACCUACAGUGUCGUCAUGGUGCUCCGAAAGGCUGCUCUAAAACAGCUCCCCAGAAACAAAGUGCCCAACAUGGCUGUUCUGCUGAAGAGCAUCAUCCACACGAACGCCGACGCUAAGGCUGUUUUUAAAGACCCAACAGGGGAGAUUCAGGGAACGGUGCAUCGGCGUCUCUUAGAAGAAAGAUGUGAGGAGUUAAAAGCCGGAGCUGUGCUGCUCCUCAAGCAGGUGGGUGUUUUUUCUCCAUCCCAUCGCAACCACUACCUGAAUGUGACACCCAAUAACCUGCUGCGGAUCUACUCUCCUGCUGGGGUCAGUCUGUCCACUCAGCUCCCCCCGUUUGUCUUGGAGCCAACGGUGUCGUCACCGACCUCGGCUCCAGCCGUCCCUCGGGAGCCGGUGUCUCUGAUGCAGCUGGAGUUUGACGAAGAGGAUGACGAAGGGAAAAAGGACAAAGGAUGCACAGAGGGAGGCGAGGCACUUCAUGUGCAAAGGAUUUGUCAGGGGAACAAAUCGGUUAACGGCAGCAGGAAUCCAGCACAGCAGGAACAAGACUGGGACGCAGAUGACGACCUGGACAAACUGCUGGGAGAGAUACAGGAGGACGCCUACAGCUUUUGACAUCAACUUUCCUGUUUUUCUGACGUCGCAAUCCUUAAAAUCAAUUUUCAAUGAACUUGUAACUAAAUAUGUAUAUUUUAUGUUUAUUUUGUUUUGCAGCCAAUAAUGCCUGUAUUUAUUUUAGUUAACAUUCCAGGAUGGAUUUAUGUAUUGCUGGUUUUUGACGUCACCUCAAGAAAUUUCACUACAUCAUCUUUCUUAUACGACAGACAGAAAAUUGUUCUGGUAAUUAUGCAACAUUAAAGCCGUUUUGUUGCUGG